AUGGAAGAGUCGGCGGAGAGGAGCGGAAAGGGGGAAAAAUGGGCGGAUUACGGUGAUGAGGUGAAGAAGAUGAGUGUAAUCGCAGCACCGAUGGUGGUGGUGGCGGUGUUACAGUAUCUGAUGCAACUGGUGGCGGUGGUGAUGGUGGGACAUAUUGAUGAAAUCGCACUGUCUAGUGUCGCUAUUGCUACCUCCCUCACCAAUGUCACUGGUUUCAGCCUUCUUUCAGGACUGGUGGGAGGCCUAGAAACCCUUUGUGGCCAAGCUUUUGGAGCCAAACAAUACAACAAAAUUGGUGUGUACACUUGCAGUGCCAUCAUCUCAUUACUAUUAGUAUGCAUCCCUGUUUCAAUCUCCUGGAUCUUUCUCGACAAAUUCCUAAUAUUGAUUGGCCAAGACCCUUUGAUCUCGAUCCAAGCCCGCAAGUUCUCGAUCUACCUCAUUCCGGCCCUGUUUGCCGGUGCAAUUCUUAAGCCGCUCGUGAGAUCGCUUCAGACCCAGAGCUUGACUAGACCGUUGCUCGUCAGCUCUGCGCUCGCUUUAUGUAUCAAUGUCCCUCUUUGUUGGGCUUUCGUGUUCAAGUUUAAGAUGGGAAGCGUUGGUGCGGCCAUCGCGUUUAGUGUGUCGAACUGGCUUUACUUGAUGUUGAUCGUGUUCCAUAUCAAAUUCUCGAUAUCGUGUGAGAAUACCCGCGUGACUUUAUCCAUGAACGCGAUCGUUGGUAUCAAGGAAUUCUUCCGAUUUGGGAUCCCAUCAGCCGUAAUGAUUUGCCUCAAAUGGUGGUCGCUCGAAGUGCUUGUCUUGAUCUCCGGUUUGUUACCAAAUCCAAAGCUCGAAACCUCGGUCCUUUCUAUAUGCUUAACGAUCUCAACUUUACACUUCACCAUACCAUAUGGAUUCGGGGCAGCUGCAAGCACUCGGGUUUCAAAUGAGUUAGGGGCUGGGAACCCACGAGCAGCACGACUAGCCGUUCGUGUUGUGAUGCUUGUAAUCAUCACCGAAGCCACAAUAGUAAGCACGGCGGUUUUCGGUUGCCGCCAUUUUCUUGGAAAAGCUUACAGCAACGACAAACCCGUUGUGAGCUAUGUUGCAUCGAUGGCUCCGUUUAUAUCUGUCUCAAUCAUCACCGAUAGCCUACAAGCAGUGAUUUCUGGAAUCGCACGGGGAAGUGGGUGGCAACAUAUAGGAGCUUACGUGAAUCUUGGAGCAUUUUAUCUGUUUGGGAUCCCUGCAGCGGUCGGAUUAGGGUUCCCUUUACAUUUGAAAGCCAAGGGACUUUGGAUCGGGAUCGUGAUAGGAUCAGUCAUACAAUCGACGAGCCUGUCACUGAUAACUGGACUCACUGAUUGGCGAAAACAGGCAACGAAGGCGAAGGAACGAAUGUCGAAAGAGGAACUAGAGAAUGAGUCCACAUAGAAAUGUCUCCUCC